AAAUAUUUAGGAUGCGACAAGAAGUCGAAGAUUGUCACUGGAAUUGUUCGAGUGAUGUUGAAAAUAAUUAUCAGCCUAAUAGUCCAUCAAUGAAUUCAUCGCUAAAAAUAAAUUCAUCAAAACUUUCACAUCACUCGAGCUCAGAAUCUAGUAUUUCUUCUGAACAAUCAGUGGCUUCUGAUACCGUCGACAGUGAUAACGCGCCUUUAUAUGUAAAAUUAAAACUUUUACCGCAAGACCGUGAAAUAACUAUCAAUAGUGAUAAAAUAAAGUUGCAUUUAAGUGACACUGAAGACAGAUCAGCGAUCAAUGCAAAUGAAACUUUCAUUUCUGGUAAUAAGUUUAAUGACAUUAUUGAAAAAAUAGUUGAGCUUAAAUUUACCUCGGAUAAUAUUGAUGACGAUAAAAAAUUGUGCGCUAUUAAUAAUAAUAAAAAUUUAAAUAAUAACAAUAAUUUUGAUGAAAAAAUAAGUAAAAUAAAUACAACUUUUACAAUUAAAAAUUGCAUAAUUGUAGCAAGUAAUUCAACUAGAGAGGAGAAAAAGUUAAAUGUGAAUAAAAAAAAUGAGGAAAAUGAUGAAGACCUUAGAGUUAGGGGACCAGUUAGACCCCUAUCUAAUCAACCUAGAAGAAAACCUUACUGUCAAUUCAGCGGUAGUUCUGAUUCCGUAACUAACAUGCAACAAAGUUACUCCUUAGAUAUUGAGUCAACAGCUCAGCAAAUAAUGAGUAUCAGUAAUUACAGUGAUCUCUUGAUUCCCUGUCUGGACAAGCUGGAGGGGACGAAUAAUUAUUCGUCGAAUGUAAGUGACAGCGAGUGGAUCUUGAAUAAUUAUGAUUGUGACGAGACAAAUGCUGGUGAUAAUUCCUGUGAAAAAAAGCAACAGAUUCCCGCGAUUAUCAUCAACGAAAAUUCACUGACCAGUGAAGAAUCGCUCAUUGAAAAGUUGAAUCUCCAGGGCUUUCAAUCAGCGCAAUCGGAUGUUUCGAGUUACACUAAUCCGUCGCCGGUUUUUAGUGAGAAUUGGCCGGAUUCACCUACCAGUGCUAACAGUUACAAUGUUAUGUCUUCUAGAUCACACAGUCGAGCUUCUAGUCGGGCCCAGUCACCUGGUUCCUCUGCUAAUAUUGGCUCUCCUUCAAUACCUAAUCAUUUUACCAGUGAAAGUCCUCCGGAUUUUUCUAAUAGAUUAAACAAUUGGCGAGUACCAACAUCCUUUUCCUCGUCAUCUUCAUCGAAUCAUUCCUUUGGAGACACAUCAAGUCCCUCGAAUUACCAACAUUCGCUGGACCUGAGAGUUGAAGAUCAAUUAGAAUUUGAAUUUGCUGACUUUUCCCCUUGGUACGGUAACUGUGAGUCAUCUAGCACGAUAAUAAAUAGCACUGAUAAUCCCGAUGAUAUUGACACAUUUGGAGUACUUAAUGUCGUUACACCUCCCGACUCAAAAGCGGUAUCGCCGCCGCUGGAUCAAAAAAGGCGCUAUGAUUUCAAUGAAAACAAAAAUGAUCUCUGCUCCGCGGCUAAUAACGGGGGAAUUAAUCUUGGAAACACUGCCUCACUUAUUGCGUCAGCUCAGAAUGAUCUGAAUGCUGAUUUUAACAAAUCUCACGCGGUAACCAGCUACAAUAUAACGCAGAAUAUUUAUCAGGAAAAUUUGAUGAACACAGAAGAGAAAAUGAAUUUUGAGGACGAAUUGGAGAGACAUUUGCUGUCGAGUUUUGGGGAAAAUAAUAUUCAUAAUAAUAAACAUUAUUCUAAUGAGUCGCUUUCAACAUUUGGCUCGGUUAAUAAUUACUCCCCGGAAUAUAAUGACUUUUCAUCGAUGUAUGGAACAGAGAACCAAUCCUCGCCGUCUGUUAGUGAACCGGGCUUCAAUAAUUCAUGGAAUUCCCAACAAAAUAUACCGUUCAAUGACUUUCAAAUCCCCGAAACUGUUUCUUCGAAUUCUCUACGAAAUAUAGCCCCAUGGCCGUCGUUAAAUCUUCCCCAGACGGCAGCAACUAAAAAAUUGAAAGAUCAAUUAGACCCGAGGGACGUUGAAAAAGCAAUGAGGCAUCUUUUAAAAAAAUCAACCGAGUACCUCUCUGCGCAAGAUAAGGACGGAGAUACGUUAUUGAUGUGUCUGGUGGGAAAUCCUCAUGAAUUGGAGAAAUGCAAAGCUUACUUAAUGCCACUGGUAGAAAGAAUCAGGACUUUGGACAACGGUCUGUCGCUGAAAAAUAACCGAGAAGAAGAUGUAUUGUAUUUGGCGGCGGUUAAUUGUCCGCAAAUGCCCGAAGUUACCGGUUAUUUGGCUGCUGUUAUGAUGCAAGCGGGCAUUGAUAUAAGCCAGCAGUUGUAUCGAAGAAGGGGCGAUACUUUAAUCCACGCAGUUGUCGCACAUGGCGAUAAACACUUGCCAAUUCUUCAAGAAUUGUUGACAUUGAAAACAAGCCAGGGGAAUUCAGUUUUUGAUUUAUCCAAGUCUAAUUAUGCUGGGCGAACUCCGCUGCAUGUAGCAGCAAAAGUACAUGAUCCUCAAGGAUCGGAGAUUAAUUCUGUCAAUGUUAUUCGACUGUUGUUGGCAAAUGGCGCAGAUCCGAAAAUAAAAGAAAGCACGUGUGGAAAUACUGCGUUACAUUUAGCUGUGUCUGUAUCAUGUGAUCCAGCGCUUGUAAAGGUUCUGUUAAUGAAGAAUGGGCGAGAAGCAGUCAAUAUCCAAAAUCGCAAUAACAACACCGCUCUACACAUGGCCGCAGCUGCUUCCAAUAACAUUCAAUUAGACAAGCAAAUGGAUGUAUGCAGUAAUUUAAUCAAAGCUGGCGGAUUAACAAAUAUUAUUAAUCAACAUGGAUGCACGCCGUUGGCUCUCGUUCCAGUCGAUAGGAAAAAAUAUAUCAGAGAUAUCUUCUCGAAAAAAAUUUAA